AAGCUAUUUAAAAAAUCUUCUUAAUAUUUAGAAUAGCUUCCAAUGCUUAAAUCAUUUUAUCUUUCCAUCGGCGAAAAGUGUCAGGGAAUAAUCUAACAUAAUAAUAAUAAUAAUAAUAAUAAUAAUAAUAAUAAUAAUUAUUAUUAUUAUUAUCAUCAUCAUCAUCAUCAUCAUCAUCAUCAUCAUCAUCAUCAUCAUCAUCAUUAUUAUUAUUAUUAUUAUUAUUAUUAUUAUUAUUAUUUGCUUUAGUCACUGGAUAGAAGGGAAUAUUUUCAUGGAUGUAGGUAACCUCAUACAUAAGAACAUCAUAUUAAACUGCCUGAUCCAUCUUUUUGUAUUUGACCUCGCACUCAGUCUGUCCACUGCCAGGGGUCUGUUGUUUUUCAGACAGUUAGUGAACCCUGGCAUUACACCGCUCUUUCCCGUCCUUUUAUUCAUCCUAGGAAUUAAUCCAACAUUUACGUCUCGCGCAUACGGGGUUACAUUUGUAUUUAGAUAGGCCUAUUUAAAAUCCCUUUCACAUUUAUAUACCAAAAAAAAAUUGCUAAACAAAAAAUGCAAAUAUAUACAUAUACAAUAUACACAUUUUGGCAGGAGGAGUCCUAGGAGCAAUUGUUGUUUUUAAUUAAUAAAGUUAAAACAUCAGAAUACACGAGCUAAAGUUUAUUUAAGCGCUAUCAUCUUCGCUGAAGAUUUUGCGCGCUCACUCACACACACACACACACACACACACACACUGAUUUCUGAUUUUCACACGUCUGCCAUUCCUCACCAGUUUGUUUGUUUGUUUGUUUGUUUGUUUGUUUGUUUAUUUCAGUAUUAAGACUAAAACAAUGGUGAAGUAUUCUGCAGGCGUUUCAACCCCUAAAAAGCCCCACAUCCUUCCCACUGGGUCAUUUCCAUCAGUGAAGAAAGUGUUCAGAAUGGUUCCAUGGCUGAUCAGAGACACACAGCUACUACAUGAGUUUACUGAAACACUGAUGGUUCACGUGGAUGGUGAUGAAUGAAGAUGAGUGAAAGUGAGCAUCAGUGGUCAUUACAGUCGCUUCAUUAAACGCUCAGUUAAACACUUUCUAAACGAGGUCUAUGUGACGGGACGUGGUGACAACAAAUGGCCGAAUAGACGCUGAUUAAACAUGCUAGAGGUUUAAUCAAAUGAGUAGGAAAUGAAGUGCGCUGGCCAUCAGCAGCACACACUGACACACUGACAGCUCUUUGUUAGUGAACAGAAGAAAUCAGAAAUAAGAGAAGGAGAACUCCUCCUACCAAAUUACCCAAGCAGGGCAGGCGUUUCUCUCUCUCUCUCUCUCUCUCUCUCUCUCUCUCUCUCUCUCUCUCUCUCUCUCUCUCUCUCUGCACAAAUAAGACACACGUCUCCAAGCCUCACACACUCCCCACACCCGACUCCUGAGCACUCGGAUCCCUAUAAGAGCCAAACUGGGAACUAAAACCGCACGCUUAAAACAACAACAACAACAAAACAAAUCUUCAAUCUCAGCAGAUUUCCUCCUCACCCGGACUAUACUUUUGAUUUUUUUGAUUUUUUUUUUUUUAACCAGAUGUGGAUGUGCGCUUUACCAAUGUUCCUGCCGUUUACAGUUUGCGAGGCGGCCUGCUAAAGUGCGCGCACGUGCGCGCGCUCGCGCGCGUUUGUGUGUGUGUGUGUGUGUGUGUGCGUGGUGGUGGUGGUGUACGUGUGUGUGUGUGUGUGUGUGUGUAAGUUUCCCUGCAGCAGAUCGCUUUCGGAUGGUGUGAGAGGCUCCGUGGCGCCUGUUAUAUGGAAGUUGUGGCGUGCAAGGCGAAAGAGAGCAGUUGCACAUUGCGCCCCGCAGCAGCAGCAGCAGCAGCCAUGCUUUUCCACGGCAUCUCCGGUGAACACAUCCAAGGCAUCAUGGAGGAGAUGGAGAGGAGAAACAAAACGGAGUCUCGCCUAGCCAAAGCUGUCCAGAUGAACGGAAGAGAAACAAGCAUGCCGUCUGUGAGCCCGGAGAAGCCUGCUCUGUGUGCCGGAUGUGGAGGUAAAAUCUCUGACCGCUAUUAUUUACUGGCUGUGGAUAAACAGUGGCACCUGCGCUGUCUCAAGUGCUGCGAGUGCAAACUGGCGCUGGAGUCCGAGCUCACGUGCUUCGCCAAGGACGGCAGCAUUUACUGCAAAGAGGAUUACUACAGAAGGUUCUCCGUGCAGCGGUGCGCGCGCUGCCACCUGGGCAUCUCGGCGUCGGAAAUGGUGAUGCGCGCGCGCGAAUCCGUGUACCACCUGAGCUGCUUCACGUGCACGUCGUGCCACAAGACGCUGAGCACGGGCGACCACUUUGGCAUGAAGGAGAGCCUGGUGUACUGCCGCCUGCACUUCGAGAGCCUCGUGCACGGGGAAUACCAGCACCACCAGCAGCAGCACGCGCAGCUCAACUACGCGGACCUGGCUGCCAAGGGCGCGAGCUUGGCGCUGCCGUACUUUAACGGCUCGGGCACGGUGCAGAAGGGCAGGCCGCGGAAACGGAAGAGCCCGGCCAUGGGCAUAGACAUCAGCACGUACAACUCGGGUUGUAAUGAGAACGAAUCCGAGCAUCUGGAUCGAGACCAGCAGGCAUACGCUCCAUCGCAGAAAACCAAACGCAUGCGCACGUCCUUCAAGCACCACCAGCUUCGCACCAUGAAGUCCUACUUCGCCAUCAAUCACAACCCUGAUGCCAAGGAUUUAAAGCAGCUUGCGCAGAAGACGGGCCUCACCAAAAGAGUGCUGCAGGUCUGGUUCCAAAACGCGCGGGCCAAAUUCAGACGGAACGUUUUGCGGCAGGAGAGUGGGGGUGUCGAGAAGGCUGACGGCACGUCACUUCCCGCACCCUCCUCCGACAGUGGUGCUCUGACCCCGCCAAGCACAGCCAGCACGCUAACAGACCUGACCAAUCCCUCUAUCACCGUAGUCACCUCAGUCACCUCUAGUUUGGACAGCCACGAGUCCGGGAGUCCCCCGCAAACGACCCUGACGAACCUUUUCUAACGCAGAUUUGGGGUUUUGUCCUUUAUUGUUUUUGUUUCUUUUUGUUCUUCUUCUUUCAAUUUCCUCCCUUCCAAAUGUGGCUUUUAUUUUUUGUUGUUGUUAUUUACAAAAACACUCUUACGCAACCAAGAGACAGAUCCGUUUGAAGACAAAGUAGUCACCUCAAGUCAACUCUAUUUUGGACAGACUGUAUUUUGAUUUCGCAUAAAAGAAAAAAGGGAAGGGAAAAAAAAAACCCACUUCGAAAUUUUGAUUCACAUCCGAUUGAAUUUUUUUUUGUUUGUUUACAUUUUUUAGACCAACCCAUUCAAAUCAGCUACAACUGAAUUAUAAACAGCUACAGCUCUGUAAACCUUCUUCUUCUUUUUUUUGUUUUGUUUUGUUUUUUUAUAAUUUUAUAAAUUUGACAGAUUUCAUUUCCAAAUCAGCCAGUGACAGUCCCAUUCCCACAUACUAAAGUACUAAAACAAACGUGAGGGUCAGUUUAAUGUGUAGCACUUGCAACCACUUGGCAGCUGAGUUUACACGUGUGUCAAUUUAUUUUUAAAUUUUUUUUCUCCUUUUGUUUUUAAUGUAUUCGCCAUGUCACGUAGUGUCGGCAUGUUUUAACACUUCACAUGCGAAAGUGGAAACAUGUCUUAGACGACGUGCUUUAAAGCCACGCAGAAAAUCCUUCAUUCCGUCUGGUAAUUUUUGGAAAAAAUUUAUUGGAUUUUUUUUUUUUUUUUUUUUACUUUACAUUGAUGAUCUGCAUUUUAUUUCCAAAAGCAUUUCGCAUUUCCAGUGACUGUAGCUUUAACAAACACUAAUCCCAUUGCCGUUUUUACACUUUAUACUUUUUCGACUCGCAUGCCAGGUGGUGCUUCAACCUCAAGAUAGCAUUGUCAUACCAGCGUGACUCUAAUUAGGGUUCAACAAUAUCAAAAACUGUGCAGUGGUAACUGUUAAAAACAAAAAUACAAACAAACCCCAAACCCGGAGAGCCCUUUAGAACACUUUUUGAUGGGCUACUCUUAGAUGGGCGCUACAAACAAGUAUUUUGGUGUAUAAAGUAUUGAAUUUUUCGGUGCGUUCCAGCUCCUAUUAAUCGCUAUAGAGUUCUAGUUUGCUCAGUGACGACAAAGUUGCCAGUGAUAAGCGCGGUACAGUGGUGGAGCUCAGGGUGAUCAUGAGAUUCAGCACAUUUGGAGAUGGGAAAUUUAGACUCCAAUUUUUUUUUUCCUUUUUAAAAAAAACAACAACAAAAAAAACAAGUAUCACUUUUGAGCUUGUGGUUUAGAGGACCGAUGAAACAGGCACCACUUACGAUUGGAGAAAGUUAGUCAUAUAUAAAAUCAAGUCACGUUCCCCCUCGCAGUCAAAUUCUAAAUGUUUUUUUUUUUUUUUUUUAAUGGACACUUGCCACUGAACAGUCCAAAAAACAUGAUGGGAAAUCUGGCUGGAAGUGACAGCAAGGGACAGUUAGGGGUUGAUUAGUUCAUUGUGUGAUGGAGAGUCGGUUCUGUUUGUAGAACAAAGUGCUCCUCUAAGAUCUACUUUCCCGAAGUAGACGCCUAACUCAGUUCUACUAUGUGCCUUACGCUAUAACCUGGAAGAGAGCUUGUGAAAUUCAGGAGAUACAUGUGUGUUUGUUUAAUGGAUAUCGCAUUCUUUGAACGCCUCACUAGUUUUGUACUGUUCUGUUUUUCAUCUGAGGAUCUUUUUAAUGGUGUAAUUCUGUUACAAAGGAGGCAAGCGAUGGCCUAGAAAGCAGUUGUGCACUCUUUCAAAUAUAGUCGGUAAAUCCGAGAAUCUUAUAUAUUGAUCUUCGUGUUAAUAGUAUGGUACGUGUUCUAUCAAGAUUGUCCAUUGUUUCCUUGUUUCUUGAAGAAAAAAAAAAAAAAAGCAAAAAAAAAAAAAAACAAAAAAAAAAGAUGGUGUAUAGAAACUAUUUCCCAUUAAAUAUUUAUGGACCAAGCGGUUGUUAUAUCUUAUUAAAUUUGUGUGAAUAAAACAAAACGCCUUGCAUUGACAGUGUUUUAUUUCUCUCAUUUUGCACAACCAUUCUUUAUGUUUCCUCUCAGAUUUGAACUGAAACCUAAUAUUGGUGAAUGAUAAUCCGAAAAAAAAGAAAGAAAGAAAGAAAGAAAGAAAGAAAAAACAACCUUCCACCACACAUCUCUCUCUCUCUCUCUCUCUCUCUCUCUCUCUCUCUCUCUCUCUUGCUCUCAUUUUUGAUAUUGAUUUCAAAUUUCAUUCUCUUUAUUAUUCUAAAGUAAUGCCCCAUGGAUUUGCACUAAGACCCUGUGGUUGAUACAGAAAAAAAAAAAAAAAAUGAUCCAGAAGAAUUAGGAUUGUUUGUUUAUUUAUUUAUUUAUCUAUCUAUUUAUUUAUUUAUUUUCUGAUGCAUGAAUAUGGCAACAUGAUUUAAAAAAAAAAAAAAUAAAGCUCUACUGUGCUAGAACGUGCACACUGGUAUUUGAAAAGAAAAAAAAAAAGAGAGAGAGAAAAGAAGUAAAACUAAAUGCAAACCUCUUAAAGUCAGGUUGCUUUGUAGUUUAAUAUAUUGUUACUUUAUGAUUUC